AUCCUUUCACAUCGGCAAGCAUUCCUUCUGUUAUAGCAGCUCGUAAACCAAAUGCGGGGUUUCGUUCCUUCGUUUCUCGCAACUGUACUAGUUGCGGCUGCGACAGUCCAUGCUCAAGUCAAGUCUUAUAUUCCGACUGAAGCAGAGUACCGUACAGAAUGCAAAACCUGCCCGCGCUCGCUUUGUCCUAAUAAGCUUUACUAUGAAUACGAAGAGAGUCUCAACGUAACAUGCUGGACACAAGGAACAAAGAUCAUGGGAGACAACCUAUGGCUCAAGACUGAAGCUGGCUGCUACAUAACCCAGUACGAUGUGUUAGAGUAUGCUGGAGACUACACGACUGAUCUCAAAUACUGCGGUCCCGCUUCUGAGGUUCAGAAACUAACCCUUCAAGAUGCAAAAUUGAAAUACAAGACUGAGUGCAGAAUCUGCCCUGAGCUAAGUUGCGACGUUGUAUCAUAUCUGAACGAAAACACCGAGCUGGACUUGACUUGCUGGUAUCCAGACGGACAACUCAUCAUUGAUGAUCCGUACUGGCACAAAACAACAAACAAUUGCUAUGUCGCAAGGAAAAACUUGUACUCGAAACCCGAUUUGGCCAAGCUAGACAAUUGCGGACCCGUCCCGUUCCUCGAGAUUUUGCACCACAACAACGAAAACGGAACAAGCGACGUGAACAAGCGCGAGCCGACCUCGGAGCCCGAGCCCGCACCUGUGUCUGUGCCUAUUCCCGAGCGUGCAGCAGACGUGAACGUCAUGUACCUCAUCAACGUCACCGUGGGCGAAGAAUACGCCUACUGCCGCUCCUGCCCCAAGGAGUCCUGCAAAAUAGAGAAAACAUUUGAGUUCAACAACGAGGUCUGGCUGCAAUGUCUCAAGAUCGUGAACAACCUGCCUAGUGAGGGACCCGUCGAUUACUGGAGCUUGACGACCGAUUUUUGCUAUAUUAACAACAAGGAUUUUUGGGAAGAUCCGGCGGGAGACUUCUACCGUUUCCCUUCUUGUGACCGGUUCGAGCAAGGCGGUGGUUCGGGGGGUGACGAGGAUUGAGACUUGGGAUGUGCAUAGUAACAUGUUAGUACAUGAUGAAUGGACGACAUGAACAGGCUGGCUCUUGUCGCCUGGGUCCUUGAAUCGAUAAUUACAUUACCGCAAAAAUAAAACCUAUUUACA